AUGGAACUUGCUUCUUUCUGCUCAUUAAGGGCCAUAUUUCUUUUCUCAUGUGCUCUGUGGAUAAUGCCAGAGUUAACACUAGCAAAGCAUGCAAAAAUCACCAGGCACUACAACUUUAAUGUCCAAUUACAAAAUGUCACAAGACUAUGUCAAACAAAGAGCAUUGUGACAAUUAAUGGUCGAUUUCCAGGGCCUAGAGUCAUAGCAAGAGAAGGUGACAGGCUAGUGAUUAAAGUGACCAACAAUGUUCCCUACAACGUUACCAUCCAUUGGCACGGUGUUCGCCAAUUACGGAGUGCUUGGGCAGAUGGACCUGCCUAUGUGACACAGUGUCCAAUUCAAACAGGCCAAACUUUUGUGUACAACUUCACAGUCACUGGCCAAAGAGGAACAUUGUGGUGGCAUGCCCACAUCUCAUGGCUAAGAACAACUCUUUAUGGUCCUAUUGUCAUUCUUCCCAAAAAACAUGUGCCUUACCCAUUCCCCCAAACCUUUAAGGAAGUCCCUAUCAUAUUUGGUGAAUGGUGGAAAGCAGACACAGAAACUGUUAUUAACCAAGCAAUGCAAACAGGAUUGGCACCUAAUCUCUCAGAUGCUUACACCAUCAAUGGUUUUCCAGGUUUUCUCUACAAUGGCACCACAAAAGAUACCUUCAAACUCAAGGUCAAGGCUGGGAAAACUUAUCUCCUGCGUCUGAUAAACGCUGCACUCAACAACGAGCUCUUCUUCGGCAUUGCAAACCACACACUCACUGUGGUUGAAGCUGAUGCAGUAUAUGUAAAGCCCUUCAGAACAAACUAUGUACUAAUAACACCAGGACAAACUAUUAAUGUUCUUCUCAAGACCAAGUCUAAGGCUCCAAAUGCAGCCUUUGUCAUAGCUGCUAGGCCUUAUGCUACAGGUCCUGCAGCUUUUGACAACACCACAGCCACUGGCUUGCUGGAGUACAAAAAAUCUUCAGUUUCAAACACAAAAACUAAGAACAAGAAGCUUCGUCUUCUUAGACCUGUGCUUCCUAAAUUCAAUGACACCGUCUUCGCAAUGAAAUUCAACAAGAAGGUCCGAAGCUUGGCCAAUGCAAGAUUCCCGGCAAAAGUUCCAAAAACUGUAGACAAACACUUCUUCUUCACUGUUGGAUUAGGCAUUAGCUCCUGCCCCAAAAACCAAGCAUGCCAAGGACCCAAUAACACCAGGGUGACUGCAGCCGUUAAUAAUGUGUCCUUUGUUAUGCCAAACAUUGCCUUACUCCAAGCCCAUUUUUUCAACAAAUCCAAAGGUGUGUACACCACUGAUUUCCCUGCUAAUCCACCCUUCAGAUUCAACUAUACUGGGACUCCACCAAACAAUAUCAUGAUAAGCAGUGGAACUAAGGCAGUGGUGUUGCCAUUUAAUGCAAGUGUGGAGUUGAUCCUGCAGGACACCAGCAUUAUUGGUGCUGAGAGCCAUCCACUUCACCUUCAUGGCUUUAACUUCUUUGUUGUUGGUCAAGGCAAUGGAAACUUUGACCCCAAGAAGGACCCAUCUAAGUUUAAUCUGGUUGACCCGGCUGAGAGGAACACCAUUGGUGUGCCAUCAGGAGGAUGGGUUGCCGUGCGCUUCUUUGCAGACAAUCCAGGUGUUUGGUUCAUGCACUGCCAUCUUGAAGUGCAUACGAGUUGGGGAUUGAAAAUGGCAUGGAUCGUCCAAGAUGGAAAGCUGCACCAUCAGAAGCUUCCACCUCCACCCUCUGACCUUCCCAAAUGUUAAAAAUUUACCACAAUAUAACUUUUUUUAUUUUUUCUACAUUUUUUUCUUCUGAGGUAUCCAAGAGUUAUAGAUACAU